UCUUCACGCCCCCUCCUCCCCACCAGGUGGGCACCCUUUGAGGCCUUCCCACAGGAACGCAGCUCGCUCAGCCUGGUCAGCCUGGCGGGCACCCUGUACGCCAUCGGUGGCUUUGCCACGCUGGAGACCGAGUCUGGAGAGUUGGUCCCCACAGAGCUCAACGACAUCUGGAGAUAUAAUGAGGACGAGAAGAAGUGGGAGGGCGUCCUGAGGGAGAUAGCCUACGCAGCCGGCGCCACCUGCCUACCCGUUCGGCUCAACGUGCUGCGCCUGACCAAGAUGUGACCAGCCCCGAGGGCCUGAACUAAGCACCCCUCCCACCCUGCGGCCACACAGGCCUGGACUUUUGAGGGCUCUGGAGAAGAGGCUGGGAGAAGCCUGAGCCCACCUGGGUCCCGUUGUGCCACCUGGGGGUGCUCUUCAGCAGGGGAGGGAAAUCGCUGCCCAGUCCUAGCCUUUCCAGCAGGGACCAGGGACUUAGGGCUCUCCGGCAUCCCCAUAUCCCCGGUCUUGUUCCAUGAGCCAGAACCACAGGGAGGUUGCAUUCUGGGCCAGUCCCAGCCCGCCUGUGUGCGGUGGAUGUACCCACAGGACUCCAUCUCCUCGCCUGUCAGAUGGGGAGUGUCCCUUUCAAGCACACUCUACAGCCUGGAUAGGUCCUUAAGAGGAAUAAAGUGACUUCUGAGCAAGUAGCUCAGGGUCUGGAAUCAGGUCCUCCAAGGGUCAGUGGCCAGGUGGUUGAAGAUUCCAGGCUUCGGUGUUCAGCUGCUGGGUUGCCCAGGUCAGUGGCCUCCGCACUCCAUGUGGGUAUCUCCUCCACAUUCUGUGUGCACUGAGAGCCUGACCCCCCCGCUCCCUGGGGCUCAGAACCCCCACCUCCUCAAAGAGCAUGGACAAGGAGCCAGGAAAUUGCUGGUGGAAGGGAGAGGGAACAGCCAAACUGUGGUAGAAAAGUCUUUUAUUCUAGCGGUCAGGCCCCAUCCGGCCUGGCCUGGGCCUGGGCCUGGGCCCGGGAAUAGCUGAGCAGAGCCUAUCCCUCUCCCCUCUGCCUCCUCCCACCUACUCCGGCUUCUCUUUGUCCUGCUUCUGCUCCUCCUCUAGGGCCAGGGUUCGCUCUCGCUCCUUCACCAGCUGGACACCACAGUAGGUGACAAAUAGGACAGCCAGAGUGGUCUGGGGGAACCCUGUGUGGGGAAGAGGUCAUCGAUGCCUGGGGGCAGGACCCCAGCCUCAGGGACUCUUUUCUUCUCAUGCCCCUCCCCACUUGAUUGGCCCACCCUGCUAGGUCCCCGGGGUGUUGGGUUGGGGUGGGGGCAUUUCAGGAGGUCACAGUCCUCAAGGUUGAUACCUGGCAUCUUCUGUAUCCACACCUCCCUGUCUCUCACCUGUGAGUAGCAGGCGCCUGGCAACCAGCUCUGUGAACUCAAGACUGUUCAGGCUUACAAGGUUGUACAUGAUGAUGGCCCAGAAGUUCAUGGCCCCAAAGAGGGCCCGGACCCUGCGAGACAUCUGCUCCGACAGAGAGGCCUGCCCAGUCCAGGAAAACAUUGGCAGUGGGGCAAGAGGUCAAGGGGAAAGAGGACACAGUUGGUCAGAGGUCCUGCCCACAGGGCUCCCCCAGGUCCUGGGGAUGUGCUUGGGUCUCUGAGAGUCCCCAGGGCAGCCCUCCCUUGUUGUUAAAGAUGGGAAUACUGAGGACCAGAGAGAGGGGAGGGCCUGACCAUCACAGCCUGGCCCAGGUGUCCACACUCCACAAAAGGGGGUGCUGGAUACCAAGAGGGGGAGCCACUGCCUUGACAGCCAGGAAGUUGUGGUGAGAAAGUUCCGGACUGGGGGCCAGGUGUGGCUGGAAGACUCCAGAGAGCAGCAGUGCACCCCCUCCAGCGACCCAGCCAACCCCUGCCCCAGGCCUUCCCCACUCACCUCAAUUUGUGCUAGGGGCCCCCACUCGGCCAGCUUCUGCACCCAGAGUUCAAAGUUGAGGCCAAAGCAGUUAAGGAAUGACCACAGGUAAACAGUAUCACAAGGUCCAAGCCACAGAGUAGUGAUGGCAAAGGUGGCCACGGUGGCCCCCAGCUCCGGAAUCACCUCAGAGUGCUCCCCACCAAUGUGGUCAUACACAUACCUGCAAGAAAGGCAGGAGAGAGGACCAGCGGGGGUGUGGGAGAGGGCAGGUAGGAGAUGGGCAAAGGAUAUGCCACAGGGGCAACCCUCCUCAACACCAUCAUCCCGGGCACGUCCAACAUCCCUGACCUCAGAUGGCCGCUCCUCUUCCACCCAACUUCAGAAUGUGGAAGGCUCAGCUUUGAACUUCGGUGUCUCCUCAUCCAUUCCCCAAGCGAUCUCAUCCAGACCCAAGACUUUGAACACUGUUUCUAGGCUGACGAGCCCCAAA